CCGGUCCGCUGGUAAAACCAAAACAUGAUCUUAAAGUGGGGGAUCGUUGCUCCUUUUUGAUGUUGUGAUUGUUGUUGUUGUUGGCUUGUUAGGCCUCGUUGAAAUGCCUUUAUAUGAAGGAUUAACUGCAGCUGUCGAGAAAACAGCUGUCAUUCUCGACUUAGGAUCUGCUUAUUCAAAAGUUGGCUUUGCUGGUGAGUGCCACCCAAGAGCUAUAUUAAGAAGUGAAGUAAAACGAAUUAAAACUGGCAAAGUUGUUAAGAUAUUUGGUGAACCUGACACAGAGGAUGACCUUUAUGACACGCUUGUUGAUUUUCUUCAUACAAUCUACUUCAGACAUCUGCUUGUGAAUACACGGGAUCGACGGGUGAUUAUAUGCGAGUCAUUCCUCUGUCCCUCAUCAUUUAGAGAAACUCUUGCAAAGGUGCUGUUCAAACACUAUGAGGUUCCUUCAAUCCUGUAUGCACCUAGCCAUUUAUUAGUGCUGUUUACGUUGGGAAUCAACACAGCUCUGGUCAUUGAUUGUGGUUAUAAUGAAAGUCUUGUUCUUCCAGUUUGUGAAUGUACCCCAAUCUUGAAGGGAUGGCAGGCAAUACCACUUGCAGGACAUGCUAUUCAUAAGAAACUUGAAGCCUAUCUUCUUGAGAAAAGUACGGUCAAAGGUCAUACAGUGGAAGAGAAGCCAUUGUCAUCAGUCAUGGGUCAUGUACAGGAAACUGUCUUAGAAGAUAUUAAAGUAAGAACCUGUUUUGUCUGUGAUUUUCAAAGGGCUGCUAAAAUUCAAGAAUUCCUCUUAGAUGGCAGUGAUGUUAAGAGGCCACCACCACCCCCCUCCCCCCUGUUGACUACCCACUGGAUGGUGGCAGAAUAUUAGAACUUGUUUUUGUUGACC